AUGCCCUCCGACCUCUCCUCCUACCUUGCCACACACUACCUCACCCCCGACACCAAACCCUCCUCCAAGAAGCGCAAGCGCAAGCACGACAAAUCCUCCGGCGGAGGGCUCCUCAUCCAAGACGACGACGACAAAGGCUGGGGCAGUUCCAGCAAGUCAAGGCACGGAGGUCGUGACGGAGAAGAUGGGGACAACGCCCCGGUGACGGUGGGCCAGGUCAAGGACGUCCGCAAGACCACAAAGGCAAACUGGAAAUCUUUAGGGGGUGGCAGCGGGCCAACAUCGAAAGAGGACAAGGAUGCCGCGGCAGCAGCAGACGCAAUCCUCGCCUCCGCCGCCGCAGAGACAGCCGCGGCGCGGGCGGCCGAGGACGACGCUCCGACAAUGGUAGACGACCAGACACCCGCGGCGCGCAUGGCAGACGGAACCCACGCAGGGCUGCAGUCGGCGGCGGCGGUGACGGCGCAGAUCGAGCGGCGGCAGCAGGAGGAGCGGGACCAGUUCGAGGCGGAGCGGCGGGCGGGGCUGGUGCGGCACGGCGAGGAGGAGACGUACUACCGGGACGCGACGGGGCGGCGCGUCGACGUGAGCAUGAAGCGGGCGGAGGCGCGGCGCGCUGCGCAGGAGGCCGAGGACAAGGAGAGGGCCGCCAAGGAGGCGCUCAAGGGCGACGUGCAGGCCGAGGAGGCCCGCCGCCGCCGGGAGAUGCUCGAGGACGCCAAGACGAUGAGUCUCGCGCGGACGGCCGACGACGAGGACAUGAACAAGGCCAUGAAGGAGGAGAGGCGGUGGAACGACCCCAUGGCGCGGUUCCUGGGCGAGGCGGACGGGGCCGCCGGGGGUGGAGCGGUCGCGUCCGGAGGCACCCGGGGUGGUGCGGCUGCAAAGGCAGGCGGUGGCGCGAGCAGACGGCCUUUAUACAAGGGCCCAUCGCCGCCAAAUCGGUAUGGCAUAAAACCGGGUUACAGGUGGGAUGGCGUCGACAGGAGUAACGGCUUCGAGGCGGAGAGGUUCAAGGCCAUCAACCGGCGGGAAAGGAACAAAGGCUUAGAGUACUCAUGGCAGAUGGAUGAAUGA